GUGUGUUCAAUGAGUGGCUAACGUUAGCUUAACAAGUGGCUAACGUUAGCUUAACAAGUGGCUAACGAUAGCUUAACAAGUGGCUAACGUUAGCUCAACAAGUGGCUAACCUCAGCUCAGUGAGGUCACAGCGACACUCGGUGGAUUAUCAUGUUCAGGCUCGCAUGGCGUCGCUCGGUGUGCACACGCUGUGAGCCCGUUCGCCUCCUGACUGCGGGGGUCUGUGGAGCGGCCGGUGGGCUUCAGAGCUCCGGGGGCAACGCGAGGGGCUUCGGACUCACUCCCCCCCCACUAGCAGGCGACGGGUCCCCGCUGCUCCAUCCUCAGCCAGCCCGCUACCUCAGUCCGUCUGUCUUCAUGAGCAUGGCAUCAGGGGGUGAAGGUCCAUCCUCCUCUCCUCACAGACACACCAACAGGUUAGCCAAGGAGAAGUCCCCCUACCUUCUACAGCAUGCACACAACCCUGUCGACUGGUAUCCAUGGGGACAAGAUGCUUUCGACAAAGCCAGGAAUGAGGACAAACCUAUUUUUUUAUCCGUGGGCUACUCCACGUGCCACUGGUGCCAUGUCAUGGAGAGGGAGUCAUUCGAGGAUGAGGAAAUUGGAAGACUUCUCAGUGACAACUUUGUCUGCAUCAAACUGGACCGAGAAGAGAGACCUGAUGUGGACAAGGUCUACAUGACCUUUAUUCAGGCAACAAGUGGAGGUGGAGGAUGGCCCAUGAGCGUUUGGUUGACCCCUGAUCUUAAACCUUUCAUCGGAGGCACCUACUUUCCUCCUAGAGACCAUGGGAGACGACCUGGACUCAAGACAGUCCUCUCCAGAAUCAUGGAACAGUGGCGGAAUAACCGUCCUGCUUUGGAGUCCAGCGGGGAGAGGAUCCUUGAAGCUCUAAAGAAAGGCACGGCCGUGGCUGCGAACCCCGGGGAGAGUCCACCUCUGGCCCCAGAUGCAGCUGACCGCUGCUUCCAGCAGUUGGCCCAUUCUUACGAGGAGGAGUACGGAGGCUUCAGAGACGCUCCCAAGUUCCCGAAACCAGUGAAUCUGAUGUUCCUCAUGAGUUACUGGUCUGUGAACCGCACCACGUCAGAAGGGGUUGAGGCUCUUCAGAUGGCCUUGCACACGCUCUGCAUGAUGGCGCUGGGAGGCAUCCACGACCACGUGGCACAGGGUUUUCAUCGUUACUCCACUGAUUCCUCCUGGCAUGUUCCGCACUUCGAAAAGAUGUUGUACGACCAAGCUCAGCUGGCUGUAGCCUACAUAACUGCCUCCCAGGUAUCAGGCGAGCAGCUCUUUGCAGAUGUGGCUCGGGACAUACUGCUCUACGUCUCCAGAGACCUGAGCGACAAGUCCGGGGGCUUCUACAGUGCUGAGGAUGCAGACUCUGUCCCAUCCUCGGGGGGGACAAAAAAGCGCGAGGGGGCUUUCUGUGUCUGGACAGCCUCAGAGGUUCGGGAGCUGCUGCCAGACGUGGUGGAAGGCGCCAGUGAGCCUGUCACUCAGGCAGAUAUCUUCAUGCACCACUAUGGGGUCAAGGAGCAGGGCAACGUUGCUGCUGAACAGGACCCCCACGGGGAGCUGGAAGGUCAGAAUGUGCUGAUCGUGCGUUAUUCCGUGGAGUUGACGUCUGCUCGCUUUGGCAUCAGUGUCGAGAAGGUGAACGAGCUCCUGGCUGCUGCCAGAGCCAAGAUGGCAGAAGUGAGGACCAGUCGGCCACGCCCACAUCUGGACACCAAGAUGUUAGCCUCCUGGACUGGCCUGAUGCUGUCGGCCUACGCUCGUGUCGGAGCUGUGCUGGGGGACAAGGCCCUGCUGGAGAGGGCCACACAGGCUGGCCACUUCCUCAAGGACCAUCUGUGGGACGCUGAACGGCAGACCAUCCUCCGAACCUGUUACCGCGGAGACGAGAUGGAGGUGCGACAGAUUUCUCCACCCAUCUCCGGCUUCCUUGAUGAUUAUGCUUUCAUCAUUUGUGGCUUGUUGGACCUGUACGAGGCCACGCUGCAGACGGAGUGGCUGCAGUGGGCCGAGGAGCUGCAGCUCCGGCAGGACACGCUGUUCUGGGAUGAGGUGGGAGGAGGCUUCUUCUGCAGCGAUCCCAGCGACAGCACCGUGCUGCUGCAACUCAAAGAAGAUCAAGACGGAGCUGAGCCCAGUGCUAACUCAGUGUCUGCGUCCAAUCUCCUGCGUCUGUCCCACUACACUGGAAGACAGGAGUGGCUUCAGAGGUCCCAACAACUGCUGACGGCUUUCUCUGACCGUCUGACCAGGGUUCCCAUAGCCCUCCCUGAAAUGGUCCGAUCCCUUAUGGCCCAGCACUACACCCUCAAACAGAUCGUGAUCUGUGGCGAGAGGGAUGCCCCGGACACCACAAGUCUCCUGGCAGCAGUCAACUCCCUCUUCCUACCACAUAAGGUCCUGAUGCUCGUCGACGACGAUGACAACUUCCUGUGCCAGCGUCAGCCUGUCCUCUCCUCCAUGUCGCAGCAGGGCGGAGUCGCCACAGCCUACGUCUGCCAGGACUUCACCUGCUCUCUGCCUGUCACCGACCCUCAGGAACUGCGUCGCCUCCUGCUGGACGGGGCCACAGACACGCAGGCAGAAUGACGACAAAAUAAUUUUAUUUUUGUGAAAUCCUCGGAGACUCUUCUCUCUUAGCCUGUCAGCCCAUAAUUCACUUUUUAGGGUUUGCUGUAGUAGUCUGUGUCUGUCAAGAUUAGGAUGCCAAGGCUUACAAAUUCAAUAUGCCACAUUAGUAGGAGAUGUUACCUUGAGCUCAAUGGGACCUUUCACUCCUCUUUUCUUCAUAAGAUACACCAGCUUUAUAUACCUCAAAUACCAAGUUUCAUCGUAGCAGGCUUACUGGUCUCAGGUGCACAAACAUCCUUAUAAAGAAAUAUGCACAGCAGCAGUGGCAGCUUUCUGAAAACACAGCACUCUGUAAAAAAUGACCAGGCUUGACUGUAAGCCCACAAAUAAACUACAGACUCUUCAUAGACCAUAAUCGUAAAACCACUUGGAUGAACUGGGCCGUGAGUAUUUUGCAGAGGAACCUGUCGGCCCUGUUGUCCGCUCCUCGCUCCACGUCACAUGGAUCUGACAGUGGACGCCUGCAUGCCCUGGUUGUGUGUGUUAGUGUGUUUAAAAAGAAAAAAAGUUGGUUUGCAGGCUUGUGUAUCCCUGUACCUGAAUUGUAAAGUUUUAUCAUGUAUGCAUUUGUUUUAUCUUUUUCUUUUUUUCCCUUUUCAUUUGGUGUAAUGCAAGAUAAUAGAUGAGACAUUAGGAGACAGACUGUACUACAAAAAAGAUAGAAGGAAAGUAAAUGUAUUAAGUCUUUGUCUAACGGGGGAGGAAAGGAACAAAAAAAAAACAUAAACCAGCAACAACUUUUUUCUCAAUCAUUUUUAGUGCUUCAGAAUUGAGAGGUUUCCCCUCCUCAGCCGCCCCCUGGUCCUGGGGAGGAGGCUGGCUGACGGGGGUGCACCUCAUCACCAUUCACCCCUCCUGAGCAGCCCCCAGACCCGAUUGGGAGAGAGUCUGUUCUCGUCGGGAGAGGGAUUCAAAUGUUAUGUCUGUGGAACGUAUGUCUCGCACACGCCUCACACUUGGCACGUGUAGUGAUAAUGGCAGAGUUCAGUAUCAAUAAAAUCUUCAUAAACAGCC